AUGAUUCGCUGUUCCUUGACUCUCGCCUUGUGCGUGGUGUUCCUGUCUGAGGUAUCCAGCCUGCCCUCAUCUCAUCCGUUUCUAGAUUCGUUUGAAGAUGGCCUUGACAGUAACACUGACCGUGUAAAGGAGAAUGAGGAUCAACCUGCCCAGAGCAUUGAAGACAGUGCAAGUGUUGCAGGAAACCAGCUGGCUAUGAAGAAUUCAGGCAAACGAUCGCCUUCGGAGACAGCGCCCAUCUCCGUUGAGUGCUGCCAAGACUCCGAGCAUCGACUUCUCAUUUACCGGUUCGAAGCAACUGCUAUGAACCAUCACGACGCUCUCAAGAACUGUCAGCGCAAUGGCGGAGAACUGGCAACGCCACUCAACAUGAAGGAAUUCAUUGUCCUGGAGGCCUUCGUUCGUCCCCUUCUGGGGAACACUUUUGGCUUUGUUGGAUACAAUGAUUUUGAGCAGGAAGGCACGUUUGUCGACAACACCGGACAUCCCGCGGUGAUCAACAACUAUUUACCCCACGAGCCAAACAACCAAGGCGACGAAGAUUGUGUAGAGAUGCAAGGAUCCAGUGGAAAAUUUAACGAUGAAAGAUGCUCCUCUGUACGCCAAUCUAUCUGUGAGUUCAGAAUCCCUGAACAUUUGAACUAG